AUCCUUCCCAAGCUCGUCGCGUCAUUCGAGGCCUUCUGCUUUCAGCAUGGCGGCGCCGGGUCAGGACGCCAAGUUCUUCCAGCGAGGCAAAAUCGAGGAAUUUCGAGCAGAGCUUCAUGCCGCCGAAGCGAAAGACAAGAAAUUCGUCAAGCGCAAGACGGUGCUGAAGAAGAUCGUCGCGAAUAUCACAAUGGGGAACGACAUGUCACCCUUGUUCGUGGACGUGGUGCAAUGUUUGGGAACGCCGUUGUUGGAGAUCAAGAAGAUGGUUUAUCUCUUCCUCGUCAGCUACGGACGUUCGAAGCCCGACCAAAUCCACAUGGCGAUACCUAACUUCCUCCAGGACUGCAAUGAUCGCAAUCCUCUCAUCCGUGCAUUAGCUAUACGGACAAUGUCAUACAUUCCCAUUCCCAUCGUGACCGAUGCACUAGGCGACAGUCUCCGGCACUGUCUAAAAGACCAAGAUGCUUACGUCCGGAAAACAGCAGCAAUAUGUGUGGCGAAGCUGUAUUCCGCAGAUCCUCGACGCGCAGAGAAGAGUGGUUUCGUGGAGAUGCUUCGGGAUUUGAUGUUGGACACCAAUGCGACCGUGGUGGCGAAUGCUGUUGCUGCGCUGUCGGAGAUUGGCGAUAGACAGGAUGGCGUCAUCUUCAAGCUAAACUUGGCCACUGCGAACAAGCUGUUGGCUGCGCUUGGCGAAAGCUCCGAAUGGGGCCAGAUUUACAUCCUGGACUCGCUUCUCCGUUACGUGCCGGAAAGACAUGCCGAUGCGGAGGUUAUGGCGGAACGCAUCAUCGUUCAAUUACAACACGCCAAUUCGGCGGUCGUGCUCACCACCAUGAAGAUCCUGCUCUAUUUGAUGAACUACAUGGAGAACCGGAAGCUUAUUGAUUACAUUUGCAAGAAGAUGGGGCCCCCAUUAGUUGCACUGCUUUCUUCUGGGCCAGAGGUGCAAUAUGUGGCGCUCAGGAAUAUUCUGCUAAUCAUCCAGCGACGGCCAGCCGUUCUGAAGAACGAUGUGAAGGUUUUCUUCUGCAAGUACAAUGAUCCUAUCUAUGUCAAACUUGCGAAGCUGGAAAUCAUGUAUCGCCUUGCAAGAUCGGAGAAUGCUAAGGAAGUGCUUGCAGAACUGCAAGAGUACGCUUCCGAAGUCGACCUGGAUUUCGUUCGAAAAGCUGUUCGGUCUAUCGGCCGAUUAGCCAUCAAAGUCGAGGACGCAUCCGACACAUGCAUCCAGGCGCUCUUGGAUUUGAUCGAUACAAAAGUGUCGUAUGUGGUCCAAGAGGCUGUGAUCGUGAUCAAAGACAUCUUCCGGCGGUAUCCCGGCAAAUACGAAGGAAUCAUUCCCAAAUUGUGCGAACAUCUGGAUGCCUUGGACGAGCCGGAGGCCAAGGCUGCCAUGGUCUGGAUUCUGGGUCAAUUCGCCAACAGGAUCGACAAUGCGGAUGAGUUGCUUGAUGAUCUUCUGUAUACGUUCUUGGAAGAGAGCGUCGAGGUGCAACUGGCUCUGCUGACGGCAGCUGUCAAGCUCUUCAUUUACAAGUCCAAGUCUGACAAGGCGAAGGAGCUUGUGUAUAAAGUCCUCAAAUGGGCUACAGAAGACAUCGACAACCCGGAUUUGCGGGACAGAGGCUUUAUGUAUUGGAGAUUACUGGCCAUCAAUCCGACGGUGGCGGGCGAAAUAGUGCUGGCGGAGAAACCACCGAUUACCACAGACUCUGACAGAAUGGACCGUGGGGCUCUCGAUCAGCUACUUCUGCACACCGGAACAUUAGGCAGCAUCUACCACAAGAAUCCAGAAACCUUCAUCCGAAACGCAACGGGCAAGGCACUGCAAGACAGUCCAGCUUUGAAUCCACAUUCAAGAGCAGUGCUGAUCGCUGUUGCCCGCCCCAACCUGCCUUCGAGCUCCGUCAAAGUGGCUGGCCCCGGGCCCGUUGAAUCCCACGAGCCCAGUCUGCAGGCACCGCCGGCAACUGCUGCUGCCGCUGCUGCUGAUGUUGAGCCAUCAGCAGUGAAAUCCAAGCCCACCCCGCCUAUUCCUGAGCGAGCGUCCACGGAUGAUGACGACGAAAACGAUGGGGAUGACGACUUGCCUCCAGCGACUAGUUCGGAUCCUUACUCAAAUUUGAGUGGGGCCUUUGGAGACUAUAUGACGGACCAGCCGCGACCAAUGGAGACCGGAACCCGGCGCCAAGGGGAGGACGACGAUCUACUGUUUUGA